UCCUCUUGGGGUUUUCUCAUUGCAUCACUGAUCAUUCAGAUCGAACAUGGCGGCCGCCGCUCAGCUUCGUUGCUCUACCGUAGCUAAACACUGCUCGACUCCCUCCGACAACCGCCGCUUCUCUGCCAAUCCUAAUUCUUCAAUCUCCUUCCCCUACUCCAAAACCCAGAAUCGCCCUCUCUUUUUCGUCCCAAGGCCCAUCUGGGUCCAAAAGCCAGAGCUUUCGUUUUCCGGCGGAAAUGGCGGUGGCGGCGCAGGAGCAGGAGGAAACAGCGGGGGGUGGAGCGGGGGCGGAGAUGGGAAUUCCGACGACUCGUCGUCUUCGUCGUCGUCGGUUUCGGGAUUCGGAGUUCUGGGUAUGUUUCUCAAUGGGUGGAGAUCCCGAGUCGCCGCCGAUCCGCAGUUCCCCUUCAAGGUUCUGAUGGAGGAGGUGGUCGGAGUCAGCUCCUGCGUCCUUGGUGACAUGGCUUCCCGCCCCAAUUUCGGCCUCAACGAGCUCGACUUCGUCUUCUCGACUCUCGUCGUCGGUAGCAUACUCAAUUUCACGCUCAUGUAUUUGUUGGCCCCCACUCUGUCCGCCUCCGCCGCCACUCUUCCGUCGAUCUUCGCCGGCUGCCCGGCCAGCCACAUGUUUGAACCGGGUUCCUAUGGAUUGGUUAAUCGAUUGGGGACUUUCGUGUACAAAGGCACAGUCUUUGCCGCCGUUGGGUUCGUCGCCGGGCUGGCCGGAACCGCAUUGUCGAACGGGCUGAUCAAAUUGAGGAAAAAAAUGGACCCGAAUUUCGAGACCCCAAAUAAGCCGCCGCCAACCUUGCUCAAUGCGCUCACUUGGGCGGCUCACAUGGGUCUUAGCAGCAAUUUGAGGUACCAAACGCUGAACGGGGCGGAGUUUUUGCUGGCGAAGGGGCUUCCUCCGCUGGCAUUCAAAUCGUCUGUGGUGGUUCUGAGGUGUUUGAACAAUGUGCUGGGUGGGAUGUCGUUUGUUGUGCUGGCGAGGUUGACCGGCUCGCAGAGCGUCGCGGAGGCGAAACCGGCAGAAGGGGAGGUGGGAUCGGUGGCAGAGAAGGAGAAAUUGGUGGUGGUGGAGAGUGAGGAUGUGCAGAGCAAUCAGUCGACUAACAAAUGAGGAUUUGGUUUUUUUCUUGUUUUUAUUACGUGUUAUCAUUUUUGUUUAUAACUUUGAACUGCAACAAUGUGUUCGCGAAUUACAGGAGCCUUUUAAAUUAUUAUGUUAGCAAUCCCUUUGGGAUUUCCGAUU